AUGGCCGAUGUGAGCGGUCGGUACGAGUCAUGGGACCAGGCGCGUCUCAUCUCCCGCAUAAGACAGCUCGAGCAUGAACUCGACAAGCGGGAUGCGGCAUCAAAGGCCUCCGGAGUCGGGUCCGGGACCCCCAGCAACAACAAGAGCGGCACCGGUGCCGGUGCCGCGGUAGCAGCAGCAACGGACGGGGCCCCGCCAGUGAAGAAGAGGAAGAAGGAGGCCAAGCGGAUCGACUCGUCGCGGUACUCUACCCGCUUCAUCGCGCUGAAGCUGGCGUACCUGGGCAAGCGGUACGGAGGAUUCGAAUACGCCACCUCGGCGAGUCUGCCGACGAUCGAGGGCGAGCUGUGGAACGCCCUGACAAAGUCGUGCCUCAUCUUCCCAGAGGAUCAGGAUGUCGUCAACUUUGACUGCUGCGAGUACUCCAAGUGCGGGAGAACGGAUCGCGGCGUGAGUGCGUUUGGACAGGUCAUCGGGUUGAGGGUGCGGAGUAACAGACCGGUGCCCAAGAAGAAGCAAGAGGAGGAUCCUGCGCCAGCCGCUGAGCCGGAAGGGGACGACACUCCCAUGGAGGGCACGGAAAAGGUCGAGGAGGAACAGAAAGAAAAGAAGCCCGAAAAGGUCUGGGACGAGAUCAACGACGAGAUCCAAUACGUCAAGGUCCUCAACCGCCUCCUGCCCGACGACAUCCGCAUCAUCGCAUGGUGCCCCUCGCCUCCACCAGACUUCUCCGCCCGCUUCUCGUGCGAGGAGCGCCAGUACCGCUACUUCUUCACCCAGCCCGCCUUCACGCCCACGGCGACGAGCGUCGACGGCGCGCCGGACGGCAUGAAGGAGGGCUACCUCGACAUCGACGCCAUGAACCAGGCGGCGCAGAAUUUCAUCGGCAGCCACGACUUCCGUAACUUUUGCAAGGUGGACGGGAGUAAGCAGAUUACAAACUUUGAGCGACGCAUGUUCGAGGCCGGCGUCGAGGAGGUGAAAGACGUGGGUACCGCGCUGCCGUACCUGGGCGCUAGCGCUGUCGAUGGAAGCCAGCUUCCCAAGGUGUACUCGUUUAAUAUCCGCGGGACGGCGUUCCUGUGGCAUCAGAUCCGGCAUAUGGUCACUAUUCUCUUCCUCAUCGGCCAGCGCCUCGAGACGCCCGACCUCGUGACGCGGUUACUCGACGUGGAGAACACGCCGCGGAAGCCGAAUUAUGACCUCGCGCACGAGACGCCGCUGGUGUUGUGGAACUGCGUCUUCCCAGGCGACGAUGAGAGCCGGACAUCCAACGACGCGGAGAAUGCGUUACACUGGGUAUACGGCGAGGCCGACGUCGUCGAGAACCUGUGGUCGCACUACCGCGAAAAGAAGAUGGACGAGCUGCUCGCGAACCGUCUCCUGGACCUCGUCUCGAGACAGGUGCAGGGGACCGAGUCGAAGGCGAAAGGAAAGAGGGUGUUCCAGGGCGGGCACGAGGGGAAGCUGUCGGGCGGGUACGUGCCGAUUGCGAAGAAGCAGCUGACGCCGUCGCCGGCGGAGAUUAAUGACCGGUGGGCGCAGCGUAAGGGGUUCAAGAACUCUGAUGAGAUGAGGGAGUCGAAGAAUUGGAGGAAGGUCAUUAAGGAUGCCAAGCAGGCUACUGCCGCGGGCGAUGGGGAUGAGUAG